CAGCGUCGCAAAUUCAAAAUUCAAAAAGGUGGGAAAUCAAAAAUCACUUUCCCAAUCUGAACGACAACCAGAAGCUCCCAUUCUUCUCACCGCUCUCCUACCUGGAACUUCCACCGGCGCACGCACCACUUCUCAGGUUCACUUCCCGUAACGUGAAAGUCUACUAGAUCCAUAAAUUGACGACUGCAAUGGCGGAAAUCCUAAGCCCUAAUCCCAAACUGAAAGGUCCAGGUCCAUUUUCUCCGACAAAAUUCGUCUUGGGCUCCAAUGACGACAAGCUCGAACGCGCUCAAGCACGCGCUGCCCGUGCUGCAGUCAUCCGUCGCAAGCCCAUCCCUGUCGCACCUCCUCCAUCUGCAGAUCCUUGCCUUGACAAGGAGCAGAUUCUUGAACUCUUCCAGAAUUGCAUCAAACUCGCCAGUGAAAAUAAAAUUAAUCAGAAGAAUACUUGGGAGCUAGGUCUAAUUGAUCAUCUAUGCGAGAUAGUUAAAGUUGAACAAGAGAAUGAUUCGGAGACCAACUUCCAGAAGGCAAGUUGUACUCUUGAGGCUGGAGUUAAGAUUUAUUCAAUGAGGGUGGACUCAGUGCAUUCAGAGGCAUAUAAAGUUCUUGGAGGAAUCAAUCGUGUUGGUAAUGCAAAUGAACAAGAUCCUGCUGUAGAGGGUGCUAAUGCUGAAAAUGACCAGCAGGAAGGCCAUAUCAGAAAAGAGCAAGAUAGAAAGUUAUCGCCUUUAUCAACGCUGGAGUCAUCAUUUGAUUCUCUCAACGUGAAGAAAUUCGAUGCCGCUUUUGCUGUAGAUCCUCUUUAUCAUCAGACAUCAGCUCAGUUUGAUGAAGGUGGUGCGAAGGGUCUUUUAUUGAAUAAUCUAGGAAUCUAUGGUAAUUGCCGUGUCUUUUUUGAUUCGUUUGAGAUACCUGGGAAGUCAGUACCAGAAGAAAUUCGGCAUGAUAGAACAGACUCCAUUGAUGUAUCUUUUGCUAAAGAUUGUGUUGAAGAAAUGGUGUUGAAUAUGCCGAAGAAGGACGAGAUAUCACCCAGUCUGAGGCAUAUAAUUUGUCAAUUUAGUGGAGAGAUGCCAGUGCCAGCUGAAACAGAUUUUUCUGACCAGAUUUCACCAGAACAAAAUUCUGAACCGUUUGGCCCAGAUGUGGAUGAUGAUGCAUUUGACAAUUGUGGAGCCUGGCCGAUGGAUCAUGAUGAUGGAGUAAGUUUGUCGGAACAAGGCUCUCACGAUGUUGAUCAGAUUUCAUCAAACCAACAGGAGGUCAGUCAGCCAUUUACUUUUCCUGAUGCUGAGGAUGAUGACAGAUCUGAGAGAGUUGAUGAUUACUUGUUUUUAAGUUUAGGAUUUUCUUCCAAGCACAAUUCCUGGGCUGGUCCUGAUCAUUGGAAGUACCGGAAAGUGAAAGUCUCAGAGGAGCCUUCCAAUGAAGAUGGAUCACCAGUAAAGACUAAGAAAACGAAGAGCAGAAAAGCAGAACCUGAAAUUGAUUUCACGAAAGCACUGGACACUGAUCUAUUGCAUGUCUUUGCUCCUCCAAAGAAUCCCAAGUUACUACUCCUUCCAGCAAAUAGAACACCGUGUAACAGAUUACUUCCAGAAGAUUGUCAUUAUCAACCUGAGAAUCUUGUGAAGCUGUUUCUCCGACCCAAUGUCACGUGCCUUGGAAGGAGAGGAAAGCAAAUCCCAGAUGAAGCUGGUCAACAAAGUGAAGAUUUUGGAGCUAUGCCAUCUUGGGAUGAUGAUGGUGGAUUUCCUGAGGCUUUUGAUGAUGGCAACGCAUUUAGUGAUGUGGAGGAAUCAAGUACACUUGUCUCUCAACCCCGCCAGGUAAACAAGAUUGAAGUCCAGUAUGAUAAAACAUCCAAACAAGUAGAUGUUCAAGCACUUAAGGAAACACUUUGGGACCAAUUGAAUCAAACAUCAGUUGAGGAAGAAGGUGCAUCUUUCAAGCACAUCUUGGCUGCUUUUCCAAACGAAUGCAGAGCAUCAACAUCCGUUGAUGCUAUAUCUCCUCAUUUAUGCUUUAUUUGCUUAUUGCAUCUUGCUAAUGAACAUGGAUUACGGAUACAAGGUUGUCUCAGCUUGGAUGAUCUCAGUAUACAGCUCGAAACUCACGAACGGUCUCCCUGAUGCUGUGGCCUAAGUAAUUUUUUUUUUUUUUUUCAGUUUUUGGAUUUCUCGCUGUAAUGUAUACCACUUGUAGAUUGGCCAUUCAAGCAUUGCAUAUGCUGCUUGUGGUGGAUCCUUUCUUUUGUAUUGCUUUAUAGGUUAGUUAAUUCGUGUAAAUUAUCAGAUAUUGUCAACAGUUGGCUUUUGAAUUGUU